AUGGCAUCCUUCAGGCUCCAGGGAUUUCAAUCCGUCUUUCGAGGUCAGACGCGCCUGCUACGGAACCAGCAGCGUCGUUGGGCGGAAGUCCACGACGUGCGCUACCUUGCGUCGCAUCACGAUCCCAAGUAUGUGUUGGACAAAUAUCGGGCGAAGCUCGACGAGAAGGCCAGGCAAGAGGGCCAUGAUUCCGUCGAAUCUUUGAAGGAGGCCUACACCGAGAAAAUUCAAGACUUACGCCGCAAAGCAUCCACCGUCGCAACACCAGAGCCCAAGACUGCUUCAUCAACCAUCACCGGAACAUCGCCUUCUUUCCAAGCUCCUCCGCCGCCAAAGGCCGACCCCACUGUCAAGGCCGCGCGCAAGGCUUCUAGCAGCGAAACCCCCAUUAAACCGCUCAGCACAUACCUAGAUGUCGACAAGAUCCGCGAGCUUCCAGCAAAAGAAAUCGAGGCCUUGUGGCGCCUCCGCUUCGCCAACGACGGCACCUCCAUCACUGCCGCCAUUCCUCUAGAUGUUUACAAACGCAUUGCCCACGCCGCGCGUCACAACCCACAAUUCGUCCUUCCCCUCCCGCGCCAGCAGACCGACGACAUCGGUCCCGAUGAAGUCGACGCCGACGGCAACCCGCUCGGCUCGGGUGCGGAUAUUCACUUCCUGCAGUGGGCCUUCCACCCGCCGGCGGAGGAGUCUGCUAAGCCCAAGGGCGAGACUGCCAACACACACACAUCGACUGUGAUCUUCACGCACCUCGGUGCGUUCAAGAUGCAUGGUUCGUAUGCUCAGCCGCAUACUACCGUUACCCAUCAUCUUGAUCUGGCGGAUGACAAAGGAUUGGUCCUUAUGCAUGGGCAGGUUGUUCCGGACCGGGGCGUCUCGACUACUGAGGCUACGUGGUUGGUCAGCUGUGUGCAGCGAUUCUAUGAUUUCGAGGGCCAGGCUAGUGGCCGGAAGAGCGAGUUGGUGAAGAUGUUCACUCGCGGUGAUGUAGAGAACUUCAAGAUUGAUGAGCUCCUCGAGGAGGCUGAGCGCAUCAACUAG